ACUAGGAACUAUUCAUUUGUAAGGCGCCGUCGACCCCUAUCUCGACCAAAUGAAAUAUCUUCAGACUCAGUUGAAGCAGAUGAAUUGUCCCGUAAAAUAAGAUCAACAACUCCAGACAGUCGGGAAAUCAACGGUGUUAGGACUGUAGAAACGAGCCAGUUCAGAAGGAACAGGAUCAGAGUUACCCCGCAAACUGAAGACUCAGAGCCUGCUGCAGCAUCGCCAGUCACUCGAGGAAGCUUCAGACCGCAGUUGACCCGGGACGAGAUAGCCUCGUCGUUGACGCCAAUAGUAAAUGAAGAAAUAGUUGAAGCUCCCAGAUUUGUGCCUAAAGAAAACGCCGCUUCCAGAACCGAAAGGCGAUUCCGUGGUAGGACAUCGACUACGGCAGCUGAUAAGGUUGAAGAUAGUGAGGUUUCUGCCGCGACAGUUGAAGUUAGACGACCUAACAUCUUGCCUAGGGGACGUAGUAGGUUUACAAUUAGCACACAAGCUCCAGCUAAUGAACCGUCUAAGGUAACUGAAACGGCACCAGUUCAAAGACGACCAACUUUCACCAGAUUCCAACCCCGUCCCUUCACAAGAAGUAGUACCACGUCGACAACCAGUGACGAUAAUUUAGAUGAUAAUGAACCAGUAGCUACUACCAGGGCUCCUAUUCGUUUGCCUUUUGGUAGAAGUAGACCAUCUUCCACCAGUUCCCCUCUCAUCCAGCCUCGCAAAUUGCCAUUCCCUUCACGCCAGUCCACAACUGUACAAACUUUGACUAACGAAGAAGAAGUCGAGGAUGACGUAGAAGAGAAAAAUGAUGACAUUUCUCUAUCAGAAAGUGCCAUAGAGGAGAAAGAACAUGAAGAAGAUAACGAAGAAGUACAAGAUAUACCAAAACGGCGUGUGGUAAUCAAAAAGAUAAGGCCUUCUACCACUGCUCCAGAAGACGUUAUUUCUACUGAAACAAUUCCUAUUCAAUUGGAAGAAUCUGGCAAGAAGAAAUUUAGAGUCAUAAGACGACGACCUUCUUCCACUUCCACUCCGGAGGCACCUGAGCCAAGCUUUCCUUCUACUGAAGCCUCUACUCCAGCAGUUCCAAAAAUACGUAGAAUCAUCCGUAAGAAAAUCAAACCUGUCGAAGAAGAACCCUCAAUUAUUGCAAAAUCAGUAGGUUCUCUCAACACUGAAGCCAAGGUCAGUUCGACAACAGAGCAGGUAAGUAACUAUGGUGAAAAGACUAGAACCACCUUGUUGCCGUCUUCAUCUGAAGCUCCAACAACGAUUGCAACUGAUGAAGCAGAAUUAGUCAAAUUCAAAGACACGUUUGAGGUACAAAAAGAAGUCGUUAAAGAAAGCGAAAAUGAUGAUAAAGAUGAAAUCUUAGAACCAAGUGACAAAAAUGCGAAUAAGGAGGAAAAAUCUGAGCUCGUAACUGAAAAUGAAGUUAAGCCUACGGAGAGUGAAGUUGUACCGACUGAAGUAACAGCCCAAAAUGACGAAACAGAGUCAAAACCUGAAGUAGUAAUUGAGGGUGAACAAAAAACUUUGGACCUGUCAGAGAAUCAAGAGAAUGAGGCUUCUGCACUAACUGUAACCGAAGCAAAAGAAUCUCAACCUGAAACAACUACAGUAAGUACUACCCAGGCAACAUCAGCACCUACUCGAGCUAGAUUGCCCUACAGGCCUCCAAAACGACUAUUUACUUCGACGACUGAGUCCUCUGUACCCUUAAGUAGCAGGGUUUUUAGCCGUAAAUACAACCCUGGAGUCUACACUAGUCCUGCUUCCGCUGAUAAACCAGAUUCUUUCAGACCUGCGGUUACUAGACGACCUCUAUUCACAUCAAAAUUCACAAGAAGACCAUUUACUACCGCCAGAACUACUAAGAAAAUAGAAGAAGAGGAGUAUUCAGAUGAGGAAAUACUGGACGAAGAGCCAGAAAAUCCCUUCGUUUUUGUACCACAAAACCAAUUAUUUACCCGCAAACCUGAUGUUCAGAAUGAGCAAGAUGUUGAGGAAGACUAUGAUGUUGAAUCGGAAGAAGAACCUGAAGAUGAACCUCUCGAAGAGGAAGAACCACCGAGCAAGUUUGUGCCCACAACUAAAAGACCAGGUUUCAAACCCAGAGUUGUUAACUCCAACACUUUCAGGGCAGCUUCAACAACCACUGAAUUGCCUAAGCGUCAAUUCGGAGCAAACCGUACGGCAAUAUUCAAUAGAUUCGGAGGUAACAAACCCGUCAAUGAUACUAAAAAGCGCGUUCAAAAUGUGCCUCUUGGGUAUAAUGUACCAGUUGGUGCAAGCCCUAAACCAAGCAUUGGGUCACAAAAGACCGAAACUUCUACAACAACACAAAACAAGGAUGAUGAUGUUCAAAGCACAACUACGGACUCAGAGUUUAUGACUAAUGCCGAUGAUGACGAUUACCUCUCUAUGACCGAAUCCACUUCAACGUUAUCUGAUACCACAAAUACUUCUGAAGAUGCGACGGCCACUAACACCAUUGAAGAUAACGAGACUACCACUGAAAUGGAAAUUAGUACUGACGAUUACUUAGAAUACACUGAAGGUACUACCAACUACCCAAGCACUCAAGAUUCAACAAGCGCUCAAACUGAAACUGAAAACAAUACGCCUUUUGAUAUCAAAACCGAACAAAAUACGGAAAUUACCACAGAAUCUUUACCAGAGACUACUUCAAGUGCACCACAAGUAUCACCAAUAGUAAAAACACAAUUCGACAAGUUAUUCUCUGUUAGUAGAGUCGUUGAAGUUUCCUCUAAAUUAGACAAACACCGUCUCAAUAAAAACAAUGAAACUACUCUUAUAGAGGAAGGUAAAAUUAUGGUUGAGAAGAAACCAAUGGUAGAUAAAAUCGGUGAAGUCAGUCGAUUUAGUCUUAUUAAGAUUGUUGAAGAUGAAAUCCCACUGUACCUUACAAAACUCGGCCACGUUUAUCCUGUAGAGAAUCCUCCUGAAAACUUGAUUGUUAUUGACGAAGCUAGAAACGCUAGAGCUUUGACUAACUUCGCCGAUGCUCCACGUGAAAAUUUAGUGGCUUCUGAGAGCAUAAAUGAAGCAUACAGACAUAUAAAAAAUACAAACAAAAAGGAUGAUGAAAGCAAGGAUCACGUAGAACAUCUUCUAAGUGAUGAUUUCUUAAGUUACAUCAACGAUGACAAAAAAGCUGACAAGUCUACAGAAGUGCCCGAUUCCUAUACUCCUGAAUGGCAGUUCGUGCCAGCAGCUUAUGAAAAUGAGAAGGUAACUCAGAAAAAAACUACAAAGACCUUAGAAUUAGUAACGCCACGAAGUGUGCAAACAAAACCGUCGACUUUGCCUUUAGAAGCUCUAUUUAAAACCGAAACUCCUCUGAUGGCAAGAAAAAUCGGCGAUGCUAAAGAAAACCAACCAUUCCUAGUAUACUCUGCAUCAGUACCCACCCAAAACGAGGAUGCUAACAUCGUCAAGCUAGAAGUAAUAAAACCUGAAGCUGGUCGAAGCAUUGUAACAUUCGCUAAAGGCCAAGAAUUUCAAGGAGCGCCUAUGGUUGAAGAAGCGACUAUCAAAUAUCCUGUUAACAUUUCAGUCAUUCCACUAACAUCAGAAGUCACAACUGAAACAACUGCUACAGCAACAUUAUCUACGGACAGUGUGACCAUGGGUCCAGUCAUGGAUCUUUUGACCACUACCCAAGCGACAACUAUAACUACCGAAGCUCAAACGACCACAACCGACAUUCCAUCAACAACUGAAACGAUUCCUGAUGAAACUACCACUCAAAAGAUAUCCCCAGUUGAUGCUAAACGAUCCAAAUUCGCAUUCCCAAGAAGACCGAUCAUAAAGUCUUCUAACUUCACCAGACCCGCACCUAAAGCUCUCAAAAAGCUCAACGCUACAGUUGUCUCGAAUUCGAACCAAAAAGCGAACAAAACGACAGGAUUCAGUCCAAACAAGUCCCGGUUCACUGCGCCACGGGCACAGAACGUCCCAAUAGACGUAAGAAAAAAGGCAACCACAAAAGUCGCCAAAACCUUCACAACUGAAGCUCCAAGAACGACAACCGAAAGAAAAUUGUAUGUGAAACCUAUCAGGCCUGCCUUCCGUCCAGCAUUCGUACCUAGAAAAUUAUCAACAGCAGCACCACAGACUAAUGGGGAAACCUAAUAAGAUAUCCUUAAGAAAGCGGUUCCUUUGAACCUGGUUCACCUGGCCAUAUACAUACUCUGAUCGACUGAUAAAAAGUAAAUUAUAAUUAGUUCUACACGCUUCACUGAGUCUGAAGAAGACAAGCUUGCGAUGUUCUUAGCGCUACCUUCAGUAAAGACACUCAGUGCCUAAAAUAACUUAUUUCUAUAUACGUAAUCACUCAGGCAUAUUUGUUGUACAUAGCAUCAUCUCAACAACUCCUUUUAGUCAUACUUUUAGAGAUUCAUAGCUUUAACUAAGGUAUUUUAGGUUUUAUGGAAGUUCUUUUGUACCAAAAAUGUAUAUUUUAUUUUGUUAGUUAAUUUUGGUAUAGCAAAGACUUUCAGUUACAAAUUGUGUUAGGUUAAUAAUUAUUUAAAGUAAUAAUAAUAUUAAUCGUUACCAAGUUAUGUACAUACGAGAGUUAGGAUCGGGCAUUUUGUAUUAUGUGGAUGAAACAAAUUGUAUUGUAACAUUCAAAAAGAAAAGGUUUGUAAUAAAGUAUUAGUAAUAUA